UUAAAGCAGAAGCCUCUGUCCCCUUCCAGGCUCCUCUGGUCCUGUCCCAGCAGCAUGUCUGUCCAGUAUGAAGUCUCUCUGGUCACUGGGGAUUUCCCCAAAGCUGGAACCAUCGAUAGAAUCUUUGUGACCCUGGUGGGUUCCCGGGGUAACUCGGAAAAAGUCCGGGUGGGACUGGCCUGGAUGGUGGACAAGAUACGGAAAGGCAGUGUCAGGACAAUAAAAAUUCAGUGUGGGAAUGACCUGGGUGAGAUAUUGCUGGUGAGAUUAUAUAAAGACAAACAUACUCUGCUCCCUGAAGAUAGUUGGCAUUGUCAGUAUGUCACUGUCAAAGCGCCCAAUCAGAAAGUCUACAAUUUCCCCUGUUAUUCCUGGCUGGAAGAUGAGAACACUCUGGAUAUCAUUGAAGGAACAGCUCGCAGAAAGGCUGAGUAUCGAUCAACCGUCCUUGAGCAGCACUGGGUCGAUGAGUUACAGAGACGGCAGAAAGCCUAUCAGUGGAGCACCUAUGCACCAGGAAUCCCCAGAUGCAUUAAGGCAGAAAGCAGCGAUGACUUACCGAAAGAUGCACAGUUUACUCUGGACCGCAAAGUGCACAUUGCCUUUAACAUUGAUUCUGCCUUGCUCGACCUUGGUCUGAACCCACUGAAGCUGCUGAACAGCGUCUGGAAUAACGUGGGCGAAUUCCGUCGCUAUUUGGACUUCACGAAGGUUCCAGUAGCAGCACAUGUUAUGAAACAUUGGAAAGAAGACACAUUCUUUGGUUACCAAUACUUAAAUGGAUCAAACCCUCAACUGAUCAGACGGUGCCGAACCAUCCCCGCCAAGUUCCCCGUUACUGAUGAGAUGGUCUCCACCUUGCUUGGACCAAACACCACCCUGCAACAGGAACUUCAGAAAGGAAAGAUUUUCCUUGUUGAUUAUGAGCUGCUGGAUGGAAUCCCUGCCCAUUCAAUCAGUGGAGAUCAGCAAUAUCUUGAAGCACCAAUGUGUCUUUUGUACGUGAAUCCACAGGAUGAAUUAAUUCCCAUUGCAAUCCAGAUCAAACAGAAGCCAGGACCACAAAACCCCAUCUUCCUGCCAAGUGACAGCAAGUAUGAUUGGCGACUUGCCAAGAUCUGGGCUCGACACGCUGACACCCAGAUUCACCAGCUGGUUUCUCACUUGUUGAAGACUCACCUCUUUGCAGAGAUCUUCUGUGUCGCGACAUUGCGGAUGCUGCCGAACGCACAUCCCAUUUUUAAGCUGCUCAUGCCCCACCUGAAAUAUACUUUAGACAUUAACACAGCAGCAAGAAAACUCCUGAUAUCAGAUGGAGGGGUUUUUGACCAGGCUUUCUCUACAGGAGGGAGUGCAAAACUACAAAUACUGCAGCGAGCUUUGGAGCAAACGACCUACUCCUCCUUGUGCCUCCCAGAAGACCUGGCCUCUCGCAAUGUGGAGCAUCUGCCCAGAUAUUACUACAGGGAUGAUGCCCUGAAAAUCUGGUCUGCAAUAAACAGGUUUGUGGACAGCAUUGUUAAUGUCUACUACCAGGAUGAUGGCUCCGUUCAGGAAGAUUCUGAAAUCCAAGCGUGGGCAAUGGAAAUCUUUACUGAAGGAUUCCUGGCCAGAGAGUCAUCAGGAUUCCCAACAGUAUUCCAUACAAAAGCAGACCUCACCAAGUAUCUCACCAUGGUGAUAUUCACCUGCUCUGGGAGGCAUGCUGCAGUAAAUACUGGACAGUAUGACUGGGGUUCGUGGAUACCUAACAGUCCUUCGACUAUGCAGAAACCACCGCCCAGCGAGAAGGAGAAAGUUGGUAAACUGGAUAUCAUGCGAACGUUACCAGGCAAGAAAGAGACGGCCUUAGUGGUGGCAACUGUUUAUUUACUCAGCAAAACAUCACCCACUUCAACCAAGCUUGGCAUGUACGUUGAGGAGCGUUUUACCGAGGCUGCUCCAAAGGCGUGCAUUGAAAAGUUCCAGCAGGAUUUGCUGCAAAUCACCCACGAGAUCAAGAAGAGGAACCAGGCUCUUGACCUGAAAUAUGAAUAUCUGCAGCCCGACCUCAUCGAAAACAGUGUCGCAAUAUAACAUCUCGGUGCACCACUUGCCUCCUGCAGAGCGAUAGAUUUGUGCAUCAAAAUUAUUCCACAAUAUUCGUGCAUUUGCUGCUUCGCAAUAGAUCCACGUAAGGAAACAGUCAUCAUAAUCCGCUUUAUAAUCAAUGCUUCCCAACUUGUAUUUCUGUUGGCUCCAACUUUUCUGUACCGUACUGCUUGGACAGUCAACCCUCUGGGGGAGGUGAGAAUUGAACCCAGGUCCUUUGGUUCACAAGGCGAGGUACUAGCACUGCAGCCACUGCAGAUGGUGUUCUGCCUGACCAAUCUGUUCUUUCACUUAGACCGGAGAACCUUACAGCACAGUACAGGCCCUUCGGCCCUCGCUGGUUCCACAGGUUGUUGCAACAAUCUGAAGCCCAUUAAUCCGACACUAUUUCACUCCCAUCCAUAUGUUUACCCAAUGACCAUUUAAAUGCCCUUAUAGUUGCAGAGUCUACUGUUACAGGCAGUGUGUUCCACACCCUUACUGCUCUCUGAGUAAAGAAACUACCUCUGACAUCUGUCCUAUAUCUAUCACCCCUCAAUUUAAAGCUGUGUCCCCUCGUGCUAGCCAUCAUCAUUUGAGGAAAAAGGCUCUCACUGUCCACCCUAUCUAACCCUUUGAUUAUGUGACUCAAUUAAGUCACCUCUCAACCUUCUUCUAUCUAACAUAAAAGCCUCAGUUCCCUCAGCCUUUCCUCAUAAGACCGUCCCUCCAUACCAGGUAACAUCCUGGUAAAUCUCCUCUGAGCCCUUUCCAAAGCUUCCACAUCCUUCCUAUAAUGCAGCGACCCAAACUGUACACAAUACUCCAAGUGUGGCCGUGCCGGAGUUUUGUACAGCUGCAGCAUGACCUCCGGUUCCAAAACUCAAUCCCUCUACCAAUAAAAGCUAAUACACCAUAUGCCUCUUAACAACCCUGUCAAGCUGGGUGGCAAUUUUCAGGGAUUUAUGUACCUGGACACCGAGAUCUCUCUGCUCAUCCAUAGAAUCUUACCAUUAGCCCAGUACUCUGUCUUCCUGUUACUCUUUCCAAAGUGAAUCACCUCACACUUUUCCACAUUAAACUCCAUUUGCCACCUCUCAGCCCAGCUCUGCAGCUUAUCUAUGUCCCUCUAUAACCUACAACGUCCUUCAGCACUGUCCACAACUCCACCGACCUUAGUGUCGUCCACAAAUUUACUAACCCAUCCUUCUCCACCUUCAUCAGGUCAUUUAUAAAAAUGACAAACAGCAGUGGCCCCAAAAUAGAUCCUUACAGUACCCCACUAGUAUCUGAAUUCCAGGACAAAUAUUCCUCAUCAACCACCACCUUCUGUCUCCUUUAGCUAGCCAGUUACUGAUCCAAACUGCUCAAUCACCCUCAACCCCAUGCCUCUGUAUUUGGUGCAUUAACCUACCGUGGGGAACCUUAUCAAACAUCUUACUGAAAUCCAUAUACACCACAUCAACCGGUUUACUCUCAUCCACCUGUUCGGUCACCAUUUCAAAGAACUCAGCAAGGUUUGUGAGGCAGGACCCACCCUUCACAAACCUAUGUUGACUGUCCCUGACCAACUUAUUCCUCUCUAGGUGAUUAUAAAUUCUAUCUCAUAUAACCUUUUCCAACACUUUACCCACAACUGAAGUGAGGCUCACUGGUCUAUAAUUACCAGGGUUGUCUCUACUCCCUUUCUUGAACAGGGGAACCACAUUUGCUACCCUCCAGUCUUCUGGCACUAUUCCUGUCGACAAUGACAACAUAAAGAUCAAAGCCAAAGGCUUGGCAUUCCCUUCCCCGGCUUCCCAGAGAAUCCUCGGAUAAAUCCCAUCCUGCCCAGGGGACUUAUCUAUUUUCACACUUUCCAGAUUGCUAACACCUCCUCUUUGUGAACCUCAAUCCCAUCUGGUCUAUUAGCCUGUAUCUCAGUAUUGUUUUGGGGGAGUUAGGUGUUGUAUCAGACUCUGUUGUGUGUUCAGCCAGACCACAGUGCUGCAUUUUCCUCACUAAAAAGAGAGGACGAGUGGUGGGUUUAACCUGAGGGGUCACCAUACCUCAGGUGAGGGGUCAGGUUAAGAAGGAACGUCUUCCAGCGUAACCUCGGCCACUGCAGGAAUUGAACCCACACUGUCAAUGUCACACUAUGUUGCAGAGCUAACCGAUUUCCCUCAUGAAAACAGGCUUUAGGAAAUUCAAUAAAUCUCCAAAACAAAUGUGAGCCCAAAAUAUAAACUGACCAAAGAGGGAGGCUGUGAGCAUGUCUGAUGUAUUUAGUGUUUAGUAACCAAGGCCUAAUUAAAGUCUCGCAGAAAUCCCACAUCUCACCAUUUCUUUUAUAAUUUGUAUAAUUAUCAAGGGCACUCUGCCUAGUUAUUGGUAAUGAUUUGGUGAUGCCAUAUUUACAUAUGAAAGAACUGAAACCAACAUGUUCAUUCUAAAUGAUGAGAGACUUUCCUAACAAUCCAAGUCUUUUUCAAUAUAUAAUUUCAGUUUAUAUACUGUAAACUUUUGCUAUAAAUUCUGUGUCUUACGAUCUUAUGCUCCACAACCACCUGGUGAAGGAGCAGCGCUCUGAAAGCUAGUGCUUCCAAAUAAACCCGUUGGCCUAUAA